AUGACUUCGUUGGCAGUAUUACCACAGUUGAAGAGAACCGUGACUGAUAUAAUAGACGAGGAAUUGUAUCAUAUACCCUCGUCUCCUAUUAUGAGUUUCAAUAUGAGUGCAAACGCCGGCAAUAGCGUAAAUGACAAUUUUAACCUAAACAUCACCUACAACAAUAGCAACUACAACCAUUUCAUUAGUAAUGGCGGCAGCAACAACCAUAGCCGAAGCUAUAGCCACGCAUCCAAUAAAAACUCAGUCACAUCCUCACCAACUUUGCCAUAUACACAAUUGAACAACAAUGGCCCAUUAUACAGUAACAGCGUGAAUAACAAUUCAAGCCAGAAUCUAGGGAAUGUGUUGAAUAUUCCCGAUUCUUUUAUAGAUCAGUUGAAAUCGCAAGAAUAUAUCGACCACUUGAAAUCACAGCAACAGCAGCAGCAGCAGCAGCAGCAACAACAACAACAACAACAACAACAACAACAGAGCAAUAAUAACAAUGAAUACCCAGAAUACUCAUAUCAAUUUGAUAACCAACAAUUAGCAUAUAUAAAUCCAUUUACAAAUUACGGCAAUCCAAAUACUUUUAUAAAAACCCAGCCAUUAAUACUGGGGCCAAAAACAUUAUUGUCACAGCAGCAGCAGCAGCAGCAGCAACAACAACAACAACAACUACAACAAUACCAAGUACCUCCACCUCCGUUACCACAAGCAUUUCCACAGAGAAGAAGAAGAAGAAUAACCACAAUAGAUGAUAUUGGCCCACAUACUGGAUCUAAAAAGAAGAGCGACGAUUAUUUCUUAUACAACCCCGACAUAUCACCCGGUCACAUUAUCAGUCAAACAGACUUGGAGUCUUCAUUUUAUGUACCACCAACAAACCAGAACAUUCAUGAUAACAUCACUGUACCAGAGCAGACCCUGUCUGUCAACAGCAACAACAGCAACAACAGCAACAACAAUGUGAUACCUGGUUACGAAAACGACUACUUGUACUUGGAUGACAAUUUAGAAGAAAUUGAAGAAGAUUUGUCAGAUGAUGAAGAUGACAACUAUUUCCAUGUUGAUGAGGAAUUUGAUGAUUAUGUUAUGAGUAAUAGUGGCUACUACACUAGUAACAAUAUGGGUGGUCCUUAUACUGUGACUGAUUAUUCCACAUUUGAUGAGUGUAAGAGUAUCCCACUUGAAGAUUCUCAAGAUAACCACCAUCGCAACCAAGAGCAACAACAACAACAACUGGACAGUUUCCCUGACGCAUUAAAGGAAUUAAGAGACGAAGCUAAGGAUUGCCAACAGGAAAAAGAGGGGGAAAUAGGAGGCGAAGAAGAGCAAGAAGAAGAGCAAAGAGAUGAACAGCGGGAUAGAAUCCUUCACGAUGCAGUAUCACCAGCUUCUAUUAUUUCUCCAAUAGCACAACCAAGUGAAGAUGACAACAAUUGCAUUGAAAAUGAACCCAUAAUCAAACAAAAUGCUGCAAAUGAUGAUGCAGAUGCAAUGAUCCUUGAUGGUGAUGUUGUGGUGGGAGAUGCUAAACCAUUAAUACCAUUACAACCAACAGCAGCAGCAGCAGCAGCAGCAGCAGCAGCAGCAAAAACCACCACAAACAUCAACUCCACACAUAUGACGAAGACGAAGACAACAACGACGACCAAGACGAAUAUCAUGACCACUACUACCACAGCAAGACCUUCUUGUACUAUUGAAUUGAAAGAGAAGAAUAUUUACAAAUUAGGUGCCGAAAUCACAGCAAAUAAUCCUGAUCAUAAAUGUGACUUGAUCAAUCCAUCAACAGGUGAAUUAUGCAACAAGCAAUUUUCAAGACCUUACGAUUUGAUCCGUCAUCAAAAUACUAUACAUGCAUCGUUGAAGAAGAUUUUCAGGUGUGUUAUAUGUGAAGGUCGGUAUCAAGGUGGUACUGGUAAUGGAAAAGAAAAGACUUUUUCUAGAGGCGAUGCCCUUUCUAGACAUAUCAAAAUUAAACAUGCCUUAGUUGGCGAAGAAGCACUUUAUUUGAUCAAUCAAGCUAAAGAAAAUGUUGAAUAUCAUCCUGUUCAGUGA